AUGGUGAAGUUGCUGCCUGCCCAGGAGGCCGCCAAGAUCUACCAUACCAACUAUGUGCGGAACGCCAGGGCGGUUGGCGUGAUGUGGGGCACGCUCACCAUCUGCUUCUCCGUGCUGGUCAUGGCCCUUUUCAUCCAGCCCUACUGGAUCGGGGACAGCGUCAACACACCCGAGGCAGGCUACUUCGGCCUUUUCUCCUACUGUGUGGGCAAUGUACUGUCCUCUGAGCUCAUCUGCAAGGGUGGCCCUCUGGACUUCUCCUCCAUCCCCUCUAGAGCCUUCAAGACUGCCAUGUUCUUUGUGGCCUUGGCCAUGUUCCUCAUCAUUGGCUCCAUUAUCUGCUUCAGCCUGUUCUUCGUCUGCAACACCGCCACAGUCUACAAGAUCUGCGCGUGGAUGCAGCUGGCUGCGGCCACAGGCCUGAUGAUCGGCUGCCUGGUCUACCCAGAUGGUUGGGACUCAAGUGAGGUGCGGCGCAUGUGUGGGGAGCAGACAGGCAAGUACACGCUGGGCCACUGCACCAUCCGCUGGGCCUUCAUGCUGGCCAUCCUCAGCAUCGGAGACGCCCUCAUCCUCUCCUUCUUGGCCUUCGUGCUGGGCUACAGGCAGGACAAGCUGCUCCCUGACGACUACAAGGCCGAUGGACAAGGUAACUCGCCCUCCCCCAGGGAGGUGGGGCUUCCUCUCAGCCAGUCACCGAGGUUUGGCCUCUGGCCAAGAAGUGGAGACACCAAGCCCAGUCAGACACAGCUCUUGUCUCAGAGGCCAAAGUUUGGUGGAGGGUUGCAAUAUGGCAGGUCACAGACUUGUGGGACAGAGGCUGUUCCUGGUGAAAGAAUGUCCCCUUGCCUCCUGCAUUCUCUGGGUCUAUGA